AUGGAGAGUAUUAAAGAUUUAAAAAACUUGAUGUAUAAUCAUUUACUUAUUAUUAAAGAGGUCACAAUUUUAAUGCUGGAAAUUUUAGUAAAUAUAUGAUAAACAAUGAUUUUGCUGAUGUUGAUUAAUUAAUUAAGGAUUGUCAAUUAGAAAAUACAGGUCAAAGAUUCAAUAUCUGGAGACUAUUUUUAAGGUAAUCAAUUAUUUAAAAUUAGAAUAUAUUCAAAAGAGGAUUCAUUUUCAUAAAAAAUAGAAAAGUUAACGAAACUUAGAGAAAAUUAUAAAGAAUUAGAAAAUAAACAUUUGAAAAAUUCGAAUCCUUAAUCCCAAAAUAAACCUGAAGAUUCAACUAAAAAAGGACCAUUAGGAGGUCCACUUGGAGGUCCCUUAGGUGGUGGCAAAUAAAAAUAAUAAUAGUCUAAUGCAAUUGAUAAUGUAGAAUUAAGAAAUGAAAUCAGAAAAGAUGUUGAAAGAACUUAUCAAGAAUUUGAAUUCUUCUCUUCAAAAAGGAUAUAAUAAAUACUUACAACAGUAUUAUUUCUUUGGUGUAAAGAAAAUAGUGAAAUAUCAUAUAGACAAGGAAUGAAUGAAAUAGCUGCUUCAUUAAUAUAUAUAUAUACUAUAGAAGCAUUAUACAAAGAAGAAGUAGAAAAAUAUGAAGAAGUAAACUAAUAUUAAAAAUUAUUAGGCAACUGAAGAAGAAAUAAAUAUUCUUUUGUUAUUUAAUUCUUGGGAAUAUGCUGAACCUGAUAUUUAUGCAUUAUUUACUGCUUUAAUGAAUGAUGCACAACAUAUGGAGAUGUUUAGACCUAAUUACACAGAAUAACAAAAAAUUAAACUGUAAAGUAAGAAACCAAGUGCAAUUUUAACAAGAGUUGCUAAAUUAUAAGAUAUUCUAUUAAAAUAAGUUGAUUUACAAUUAUUUAGACAUUUAAAACUUCUUUAAGUUGAAUUUUAAAUCUUUCUAUUAAAAUGGAUAAGGUAUAGUUUAUUAUUCAUUUUAUAGAUGUAUGUUUACAAGAGAAUUAUCAUUAAUAGAAUCAUUUCAUGCUUGGGAUGCAAUAUUUUAGGAUUUCUUUAUAUAAUAAUGUGAUACAUUAUUCUUUGUAGAUUGUAUAGCUAUGGCUAUGAUAAUUUACUUAAAAAAUCAAUGUAAUUUCUUAUAAAUUAAAAAUUUUUAGUAAUGGAAAAUGAAGAAUCAAGUUAAUGUUAUCAAAGAUUCUUAAAAUUCCCAAAAAUAUCAAAUCUUUCUAGUUUAUUAGAUACAGCAACAUAAAUAAGAAAUAUAUUGAUUUCUUAAAAGUCUUCAAAUAAUUUAGAUGAUAAUGUUGAGGGAGCAGAAAAGAUAGAAAAAUUAAUUAGUCCUGCAUUUUUUGUUCCUGAUAAAGUAGAUACAGAUUCUAAAGUUUAAUAAGAUAAAAUUAAAAGUAAUGAAUAACCUUAAUAAUCUUAAAUAAAACAACAAUCUGUUUAAUAAUAAGUAGUAACUCAAAAUGAAGAAGAACAAUCAUAAUCACCUUAAUCAUAAAUAGUUGAAAAAUAACCAAUAAAAUAAUAAGAGCAAUAAACAGUAUUUUUUGAUGACAAAAUUAUGUAAACAAAUACAAAGGCAUAAAAGUCAUAAUUUAGUGUAGAAGAGAAUGUUUAAUAGAAAGAAUCAGUAUAGGAGAAUGAAGAUAAAUAAAAGCAAAUAAAAUUAUCAAUAAAGGCAGUGUAAGACAUUUGCACAACUAUAGAAGAAGCCUUUAAUGUGAUUAAAAAAAGUAAUGAAAGGUAUUUUGAUGUUCUAAUUAAAUUAGUUAAAAUCAUUAAGAAUUAAUAAUAAGUUUGGCUGAACUUAAAUCAUAUUUGACUAAAUAAAUAAAUGAGGUCGAAGGAAAAUAAGGUAAUUCAUAAGAUGAUGGUUAAAAAAACAAAAAUGGUGGAUUUGUAAUUAAGAAAUAACUAACAGGGUAAUAAUUUCCUCAAGAAGAUAAUGGAAUUAAGAGUAAGAUGGCAGGUUUCUUUAAAAAAUGGUGAA